CGAGAUGAGCCAGAUAAGACAAAAAUAGGAAUCUGUGUUUUAUGUAUUGUUCUCUGUGAGACCAAGGCGCGCGCCGCUCGCAUCUUGUAUAUGCUGUGCGACCGUCUUCAGGCUCCAUAUACGUUUAUUCAUCCUCCAGCAAUGGCAGUAGUGCAGCCUGGCCCGUGUGAUACAUUGUAUAUCACCUUGGACACAUUUCUUGUAUCAAAUAUCUCAUUUACCCUUCCCCAAAUUCCGCGGGUGUUCGUCCUGCCCCCUAUAUGUCAGUGUUUCCUAUAGACCUCUAGAGCCGUGUUCCAAAAUUCACUUUUACUGCUCUUUUUAAUCUAUUGCCCUGUUGCAUUUCCACCCCCUCCUCCUGACUCCCUGUCUGUAUGAGAUCAUUGGUGGAGGUGAAGGGAACCGUGCAGUUGAUUUGGGGAAGGACUUAACACUCGGUGCUCUUAACGUCUGCAAUCAGGAGAGGACUGCAGGAGCCGGGGCUGCUGCUUGGGAUUUGGUGCAGGGAAUAAGGCCAAGGCUGCAGCAUCGAACAUUUGGUUGCAUGUUGUCUGGAGGACCCAGCGCUCCCCUUGUCCCUUUCAGAUCCAGCCUCUCCGGUCCUGUCGCCUCCCCAUGGACUGACAGACCUAAGCGAAACCACAUCGACUGGAACCUGCGAGAUCUGUUCUUCGAAGCCCGGAUCGUAGCGGCAGAGGCAAGGCAAGAUGACAUCGCCAGCAAAAUUCAAGAAGGAUAAAGAGAUCAUUGCUGAAUAUGACACCCAAGUCAAAGAGAUCCGAGCCCAGUUGUUGGAGCAGCUGAAAUGUCUGGAUCAGCAGUGUGAUCUGCGCACCCAACUCCUCCAGGAUCUGCAGGACUUCUUCCGUAAGAAAGCUGAGAUUGAGAUGGAUUAUUCCCGUAACCUGGAGAAACUCAGCGAGCGGUUCCUUUCCAAAACGCGUGGAGCCAAAGAUCAACAGUUCAAGAAGGAUCAAAAUGUUCUUUCUCCAGUGACCUGUUGGAACCUGCUCCUCACACAAGUCAAAAGAGAGAGCCGCAAUCAUGCUACAUUAAGUGACAUCUACUUGAAUAACAUCAUCCCUCGAUUUGGUCAAGUCAGCGAGGACUCUGGACGGCUCUUUAAGAAGAGUAAGGAGAUUGGUCUGCAGCUUCAGGAGGACCUCAUGAAAGUGUUAAAUGAGCUCUACACGGUGAUGAAGACCUAUCACAUGUAUAAUGCAGAUAGUAUCGUAGCACAAAGUAAGCUGAAGGAGGCGGAGAAACAGGAGGAAAAGCAAAUGAGCCGGUCGGUGAGACAGGAAGAUCGUCAGACUCCCCGAUCCCCAGACACCGCCACCAGUGUCCGCCUAGAUGAAAAACACAUUAGGCGCAGCUCUGUUCGAAAGAUUGAAAAGAUGAAAGAAAAGCGUCAAGCCAAAUACACAGAAAACAAGGUGAAGGCCAUUAAGGCUCGUAAUGAGUAUGUACUGGCACUGGAAGCCACUAAUGCGUCUGUCUUCAAAUACUACAUCCAUGACUUGUCUGACCUCAUUGAUUGUUGUGACCUGGGCUACCACUCGAGCUUGCAUCGUGCUCUGCGCACUUUCCUUUCUGCCGAGUUCAACUUACAACACUCCAAGCAAGAGGGACUGGAGGCUCUGGAAAAUGCCACCGAAAACCUAGAUGCCACUUCAGACAAGCAACGUCUCAUGGAAUCCUCCAACAGUGUCUUCUGCCCUCCUGUGAGGUUUGAGUUCCAGCCGCACAUGGGGGAUACAGUCUCUCUAUUGUGUGCUCAGCAGCCUUUACAGGGAGAGUUGUCUCAGAGGUGCCAGCAGCUGCAGUGUCGGUUGUCCACCUUACACAUAGAAAAUGAAGAGGUUAAAAAGACAAUGGAAGCUACGUUACAGACCAUCCAAGACAUGGUGAGCGUGGAGGACUUUGAUGUAUCAGACUGUUUCCAGUAUAGUAACUCAAUGGAAUCUGUGAAGUCCACGGUGUCCGAGACCUACAUGAGCAAGCCGAGCAUAGCCAAGCGGCGGGCCAACCAGCAGGAGACCGAGCAAUUCUACUUCACUAAGAUGAAGGAAUUCCUGGAGGGACGAAAUUUGAUUACAAAACUGAAAGCCAAGCAUGACACGUUACAGAAGACCCUGGGAGAGUGUCAACGAACAGACUGUUCUCUCGCCAGUCGAAGAAUGUCUACUCUACGGAAGCAGGACUCCAAGCAACCCAUUCCCUUGGUGGUUGAAAGCUGCAUAAGGUUCCUCAGUCGCCAUGGUCUUCAACAUGAGGGAAUCUUUCGAGUGUCUGGCUCCCAGGUGGAAGUAAAUGAUAUUAAGAAUGCGUUUGAAAGAGGAGAGGACCCUCUAGAAGAAGACCAAAAUGACCAUGAUCUGGAUUCGGUGGCUGGGGUUCUGAAACUUUAUUUUCGUGGGCUGUUGACUCCUCUUUUCCCUAAAGAAAUCUUCCAUGACCUCUUAAGCUGUGUCUCUAUGGACAACAUGCAAGAACGAGCUUCUCACAUACGCAAGGUCCUCCUCUGCCUCCCUUCUUCUACAAUCGUCCUUAUGAGAUACCUUUUUGCCUUCCUCAAUCAUCUUUCUCAGUUCAGUGAUGACAACAUGAUGGACCCCUAUAAUCUUGCCAUCUGCUUCGGUCCCACCCUGAUGUGUGUACCGGACAACCAGGACCAAGUUUCUUGCCAGUCUCACGUCAAUGAAUUGAUCAAGACCAUCAUCAUGCAGCAUGAGAGCAUCUUCCCUGGUCUACGUGAGCUGGAUGGGCCAGUUUAUAUGGCUGGCAUUGGUGGCGAAGACUGUGAGAGUUCUCAUAGUGAGCCGAUCUCUGUUGAAGACUCUGUUUUGGAUAUGACAUCGGAGAUGCACAGCACAGAUGAUGGAUCCCAUCCGAACAGCAUUGGAUACAGCAGGCGAAUACCAGCUACUGGAAGUGAUGACCCCCCUAGUGAGCGAUCCAGUCCCCGAUCUGACCCAGAGCAGAGUUCUGAGCCAUUGGUGGAGGAAAAGGUCACCGCUAGAGCAAGCCUCAGCUGCCCCGCAGGGAGCCACGUGGCUGACAUUUACCUCGCCAACAUUAACAAGCAGAGGAAAAGACCAGAGUCUGGCAGCAUCCGGAGACCAUUUAGACAGAGUGACAGUGUCUCCAGCUCCGACACUUCAGAACCAGCAUCACCAGGAGCGACUGUACGGCCAACAUCUCAGCCUGUCAUGAGCCAGACGUUCUCCAGAGAAGCUCCAGAUCGCUGCUCCAUUAGUGGACAUGGCACAGUCAGCAGCAUCAGCCGACACUCCUCUCUUAAGAACAGGAUGGACAGUCCUCAGAUACGCAAAGCAAUGGCCGCCAGCAGGUCUAAAAGCUUCAAUAAUCACCGCCCGCUGGACCCUGAAGUUAUUGCUCAGGACAUUGAGGCAACAAUGAACUCUGCACUGAAUGAGCUACGGGAGCUUGAGCGCCAAAGCAGUGCAAAACAUGCCCCAGAUGUGGUGCUGGACACCCUAGAGCCCCUAAAGAUUUCACCUGUGGCUGCUCCCAAUUCUGAGCCUUCUAGCCCUCUUCAUGCUCAGUCCCUGCGGGACCAAGAACCUGGUUUUCAGCGAAGCUCUAGUUCCGCUAGCGACAUCCCUUGCUCGUUCCGUACCGCUAAAUCUGUACGUCUACCCCCCUCAAGGCCUCCAGCUACCCGUCCCAAACCAUCUCUGUUCCCUAAAUCCAAUCCCCCUGCACCUGGUAGUGUUGGAUCAACAUCUGGUCAGCAGCCACCUGACAAGUCUUGUCCGGUGUGAUUCAGGUGACUUAGGGCCACCACUGUGAAUUCUAUGCUAGAAAUCUUCAACGUGUACAUAUGGACUUCUGUUGAGUCGAAUGUGGAAGCUGAUGGAAGUAAGAGCCCUAAACUAAAGGCUGAGAGGGAAAAUGUAUGGGCCCAGGACCAAAUGGAAAGAAGAGUUUAUAUUUUUCACUGGUCCCAUGUAGGAUUAACGUGUUCCAGUCUUGACAAGUAGUGGCACAUCUGCUGGCAACUCUAAGCUGUCUCAAUGAAUUAUCCACUGCUGUCAACAUCGAUUGGUUGUUCUUCUCGUUUAUUCACAAAAGGCUACUGUAUGUCUAAGCAAGUAUUUCCUGACUUACUAAACUAGAACACUAAGCCAGUCUUAACAAUGAAUGCUUUCAGUUAAUGUCUUCACUUUGAAUCCUUUCAGUAUUGUGUAUGUUACAUACAGCAUAGCGCAUAUCUAAGAAGCUCGCAGCAGAAAAGCUCUUCAUGUACAUGCAUGAGAAGGGCACACAUGUCACAGUCAGAUAGGAGGGUACAUAAUCUGCAGAUUUCGGUCUCUUUAAAAUUUGGGAAAUGGAUCAGUUUUAAGAGACAUUCCAAUGGCGAUUCCUCAGAAAUUGAUUUAAAUUAUUGAUGAAUUUAGGAAGAACCUUUCCAGGUAUAUGGUGAAUAGACCUUUUUCCUUGUUACAUAGGGUGGUUCUCUACUUAUAAUCAGCACCAUUUCUAAAGGUAGAAUGGGUCAUAUUUAUUCAUAUUGAUCCUAUAUGGGACCUUUUGCUUUUAAAGUCUUUAAUUCUCCAUUGCACUUGUAGAGAUGAGAGCAUCGUUUGGGGGAAUCCGUAUAUUACGUUUACCCCGUCUACGUGUAGUCUGGGUAGAUUGUGAGCUCUCUUUUGUGGAGCGUGACUUAUUUCUUCCUUUUUACAUUCCAUUGUAUUCUAUACUAGUUCCAUUAAUCCCAUGAAGGAUUCAGAACACCUAAGUUAGUAUCUGUUCCUUUCUAGAUAAUUGGUGCCCUGGGUUCCGUUAACGAACACCGUAGCCAGCCACCCUUUAAACCAAGACGCUCACCUAAAUUAUGCAGCUAAGGUGGUUUUCACACUGCAUUUUACCUGUCUGAGGUUUGAAAUCUACCCAAAGACCUAAUCAAAUAUAUAUGCUUGAAGGAGGGGGGGGGGAGACUGGCUUUGGAGUCAACAGCCCUCAUUGUUCCAGUCUGUGCCCCUGAACAUAAGAGUAGACUUGCUUGCCCGCAGUCCUGACACUGCUCAGUUCCCAGACACUUCUUGGUCCAGUGACUACUUUGGCCAAUCCUCUGUCACAUUGACUUGUAUAGUACCUCACAGUUGUAACCCAACACUCAAGCCGAUGUGACCUCUAAGACCUCCGGCCACUUUCUGGUCCUGCGGGAAUGUAACAGGAGCGGGACCGCGGGCAGGUAAGUCUGCUUUCUUAUGUUCAGGGGCACAGGUCUGCACGAUAAGGGUUGUCUGGCUUUGGAACUUAAUGGGGGGCAUCUAUAGCCAAUAGUUGCCAUGUUAAAAAAAAAAAAUAAUUAAAAAAAAACAUGGAUGCCUUUGUCGGAAUACUGCAGUCUGUUGCAUUAUUCUAUACUGUAAAAAAUGGUAUCUCCGCUAUAUACUGCCCAAUAGAGGACAAACGAGUACUCUAUAAUGGUAGCCUAUGGUUAUGUUCAAAUUGGUGGUUUUCCAGCGCCUACAUCAAACCUGCAGAGGAAAUGAAGUGUUAAUGGAACCUAAAUGACUGGCACAUAGAUGCAAGAGACUGGUGGAUAGUUGGUAACUGAUACCAAAUAAAAUACAUAUUGGAUGUUCCUUUGGUUAACCAUUGACACUAACCCGAUCAGUAUUUAUCCAUGAUACUCCAUGUGAAGCAUUGAUUACUAAAAUACUAUAUAAGACCCCCAUAUCAUUUCUCCCAGUUAGCAUAUCCUCUGACUGUGCUGAAGAAUAAGUCCUAUACUAUGUUACAUUUGGCAGUCCUUGGUUAAAGGGUUUUUUGAAGACCAAAAAAAUAAUGGUGCCGAGAUAGUACAGCGGGGUCAUACAUAAUCAGUCUUCAUUGUUUAUAACCUUAGUAGAUCGUAAGGAUCCAUAAGUAAUACCAGUUAUAUAGCAAGUAACUAACAUGUCCAUCAAUAAGGAGAAUAUUACAGGUGAAGCCACUGAAUGCAGCCAAUGCUAAUCUUCUCAAUGUGCAAUGACGAGCAGAAGCUGACCUGAAACUUGACAGUAUUUAACACGCCUUCAUGCAUGGUACUGCAUCACAAAGCACGCUGCUGGGUAACUGCCAAAGAGUGGGGGUGAGGUCUGUUCUUGGCAAAAGGAGCUGAACACUUUGCAGCAAUACAAGAGCAUGCAGUUCAUUGAUAUGAAGCGUCUUUAAGGACUUCUAUGAUUUGUCCCAAAUAACGGAGCGAGGGGAUCAUUUAUAUGCCUGUGGCAUAUUCAGUAGCCUUUUUGUAUCUCAUUUAAGCCUUUAUGUAACCAAGAAGAUGAUGUGUGGUGAAGAGCUUGGUGAACUUUUGCAGUCCUUGAAUGGACCUUUUAUUGUAGCAGGACCUUUGAGUGUGCGCUAUCCUUAUCUACUUCUAGAGAGGAAAUAUCUCCCUCUGAAUACAUACGGGUUGCAAAUCAGUCUCCUGUGUAAUGCCGUCUCACUUGUUCUUGUUCCAACUCUUUGCUGGUGGUGUGGGCGGAUGAAAGCGCUACUCUGGUCCCGCCAGCAAAGGAGAAACGACCAGCCUUUUUAUUGUGUAUGUGUGUGUGUGUGCAUUUAGGAGAACAGAGCACGGACCUAAUACAGUGCUCUCUUGCAAUAAGCCGGCACUGUACAACUGCUUUUUUUUUUUGUUAUGGCACUUUGACCACUGAUACUAGAAUAAAUGUUUAUGGACAGUGUUUCUCUGGGAGCUGUGUCAGAUAUACUCAUGCUGUCUAGGAGAAUGUAUGCAUCACAUAUGUAACGCCACAUGUAUAAAAUGUCAUUAAAAGUGGUCUCCUUAUCUUUUGAACUACAUGUUAUAGAUAAAAGAAGAAAAAAAAUGAAGCAGCAUUUUCACAACUGGAAUAAUGUAUGUCCGUUUUGUGCUUUGUAUUCUCCAAAAUCCUGAACUGAGGGAGGAGAAUUUAAUGUGGGACUCCUCAAUAAAUAAAUUGUGUUUUUAGAUAAA